CUGAUCGAGAUAGAUGACAAAUACAGACUUGUCAAACCUGGUUGGAGUGUCAUAGAUUGUGGUGCUGCUCCUGGUGCAUGGAGUCAACUCAACAGGAGAAAUGACAUGGCCCCCAAUGCCGGUGGGCUCAGGGAACUGGAUCAUGAAAGAUUGGUCACCAAGUGUCUAUCAGUGUUGGUCUUAGCUGACAAAGUUUUGCGCCCUGGAUUGUGA